AUGAGAGUGAAACAGCGAAACGAUCGACAAGCUGGAAGAAGUUUUGCGCUCGUCUCGCAUUCCUUCGGCGCCAUCCUGAUCAGAGCGGCGAUGCGAUGCGAGGGCUGGAGGAGACUCGAAGACUCGCUGCUGCUAGCGAGCAAGGAGCUGCGCUGCGUCAUGAUCGCUCCUCCCAACCAAGGCUCCUCCCUCGCACGGCUCCUGAGACCCAAGGAGGACGUGAAGAGCGUGUGGGACUUGGCGAUCAACCAGGCUGCCUCCUCCCUCUCCGACAGCCUCCUGGGACACAAGGCCGGCCGGGAGCUGCAGGCGGUGGAGGAAGGGAGGGGCGACUGGUCGUUCGGCAACCUCCCGAGCUACUGCAGGACGCUCAUCAUAGCGGGAGACUGCGGGGCGAUCAAUCCGCUCCUACAGGGCCCCAACGACGGCGUGAUCACGGUAGAGGAAACGAGGUUGCGGCACAGCGCGCAUGCUCACCUGGUGCUGACGGCCCCUCACAAUUACAUCACUCAGCAUCCGGCAGCUGUCCGAGCGACUCUUGACUUCAUUGCCGGAGCUCCCAUUCCUGCUGCUCGCUUCUUUCCUGCGAGUACCAGCUGA